AAUAUUUUAUUUUAUAUUUUUAAGUCGAUUUCGUGCAACGUUAAAAUUAGUGUACGGCAACAUUAUUCAACACUACAAAGGGACUGCUGUCAAAAAUAAUUGUUUCUGAUAUCUCAAACAAAACUAGUGUGUAACAUUUGCAAAUAUUAUUUCACAUUAAAAAGGCGAUGGAUAAAAAAGAUAUUACAAAGAUGUUAAAAAAAAAACUAAUCACUGAAAUUAAUAAGGAGAGAAAACAGAACCAGCUAAAGGACGAAAUUAUCCGGGAUAAACUCGAGUUUAAAAAGCGUGUGCCUGAUCUGCAACGGCAACUGGACAUAGAAAAGACCAAAACGAAGGCGUUGCGACUGAAGCUAUCGGCGCAGGACACGGAUGCGAAUGCUGAAGAGAAGUUCAAGCUGUCUUUGAAACUAAAGAGGAUCGCCAAAGAAAACAAGUGCUACAUCUGCCACUUGAAGUAUGAGGUUACUGGAGGACAUCGCCCAGUUUCCAUCAAGUGCGGUCACCUUUUCGGUGAGAAUUGCAUCCUUGCUCACUUGGAUUGUAACAAUCAAUGCCCCAUCUGUAAAUCACUGACUGACACUAUGGACAUUCGCUUCAUUAUAGCAGGCCAAAAUUUGUGCACGGCUGAAUUAAUGGAAUGAACAUAUUAAUAUUAAGUGUUUAAGUUGGAUACAACAAAAAAAAAUGCAAGCAAAAGAGAAAGUAGCAAUUUAAGUAAUUUGCAAGCACUAAUGAAUAUGGUCAAUUAUAAUUUUUAUGGGAUGCUUAUGUAAUAAACAAACGCAACUCGUUAGAUGAUUAAAUCCUCAUAAUCGUGUUCUCAAUUUUCAUUCAAUUUCCCUAAUUCAAUCAGUGGAUGAUUUGAACAUGUUGCAAGCGUAUUGAAAGUGGAGUGAGCCCGAUAAUUCCUUAAUCAAUAAACCCCCUUCUCUAUACAUACAUAUAUGUAUGUAUGUAUGUUACUGUUCUUAGGUUGGGAACUAUUAUUAAUUUGGCAAAACCGACGCGCCAAUCAAUUAAGCCUAAUAAUCUGUCCCAGAGCUGCUGAAAUAACAUUGAGAAAUUGGCUCACAGCACGUAACAAAUUAGGGGGAGUUAAAUAGGUAGUGGCCAAUAAGAAGGGGAAGUAAAAAAGGUACAUCCUGUAAAGCUCCAUGAAAUAAUGAAAUUAAA